AUGCACCCCUCCCCUGAGCCUCUCCCCUCAAAAAUCAUCUCCAUGAAGAGGUUGUACAUUGCUUCCCUUCUGGGAGCCCUGGUACUGUACUCGUGCAUGGUUGAGUUGGCCAUUUGUUCCUCAAAUAUCACUGAUCAGUCGGCUCUCCUCUCCUUCAAGUCCCAUAUCACUCAAGAUCCCAACAUUAAGUUAGGUAACUGGACAACAGAAACCAACUUCUGUGACUGGGAGGGGGUUUCAUGUAGUCGACGUAGGCAAAGAGUCACGGCCUUGAGCCUUGGCAACAUGGGUCUCGCAGGCUCCAUAUCUCCUUAUAUCGGUAACCUUUCUUUCCUUAAAGUGCUCGAUCUAGGCAACAACAGCUUCGAUGGUCCUCUGAUAAAUGAAAUUGGUCGUUUGCAUCGCUUGACAGAUCUCAUAUUGCAUAAAAAUAACUUGCAAGGAGGCAUUCCACUGGAUUUAUACCAGUGUCGAAAGCUUCAAGUCAUAGUUCUUGCUGUCAAUAACUUUACUGGUGGCAUUCCAGAAGAGUUGAGUAGCUUAUCCUUUCUGCGUACCCUUUUACUCGAAAAAAAUAACCUUACAGGUAGGAUUCCACCUUCCUUUGGAAAUAUUUCAAGCUUGGAAAGUUUCGGGCUAGGAGGUAAUAACAUUCAUGGAAGCAUUCCAAUUGAAUUAGCACAACUUCCAAAUCUGAAGGCAUUUGACUUGACCUCCAAUCAUCUCACAGGUCCUGUUCCAUCUUCGAUUUAUAAUCAUUCAUCGUUGCGGUACUUGUCCCUUGCUGAUAAUCAACUCACUGGUCCAAUCCAAGAAUUCACAAAUAGUAUAUUGGAUGUCAUUGAUUUGAGCAAGAAUGAUCUACAUGGCCCCAUUCCACCACUUUCAACCGCUCACAGUUUCAUCUCGCAUAACAAAUUCACUGGAGAGAUCCCUUUGGCUAUUUGCAACAUGAGUUCCCCUAUAAUUCUUGAUUUGUCGCAUAACAGCUUGAAUGGUGUAAUUCCAGAGUGCUUCGGAAACUUUAGCAAUGUACUCAGGGUGUUAGAUCUUGGGAUGAAUAACUUCCGUGGAAACAUUCCUGUCACAAUUGCAAAGCGAAACAAGUUGAAACAUUUUCCCGCAAACUCUCUUGAGGUUCUUAAUUUGUCUCAUAAUAACCUGAGUGGUGUAAUUCCAGAUUGUUUGGGGAAUUUCAGCAAUGCACUCAUGAGGGAAACCAAUUGA